AUGUCCAGCUUUGGCACUUCCCCUUCCUUGACCGGCAAGCCCAACGCCGUCUUGGUUCCUCCCGGCCAGUGCCAAUUCAAUGAAGACUUCCAGUCGGUCAAAUUGCUGGAACGCACCCACGUCUCUCCCACGUCGUGCGUUGUGCGCUUCUCGCUCUCCGAUGAGUCCAAGCCGCUCGGCUUGAGUACAUGCUCUUGCGUCCUGGCCAAGGCCAAAACAGCCAAAGACCCAGAGGGUGUCAUUCGUCCCUACACACCCAUUUCCACCAACGAACAAGUGGGAUCCUUCGACUUGCUCAUCAAGAGUUAUGGAGAUGAUAGCCUCAUGUCCAAGCACAUGUGCCAAGACAUGGCCGUGGGAGACACCAUUGAAUUUAAGCAGAUCCCUGUCAAUAUCAAGAUUCAGGCUCCCUUUCCCUACAAAAAGGUUGGAAUGCUCGUGGGUGGCACUGGAUUGACACCCAUGGUCCAAGCACUUCACGCCAUUCUGGGCAGCUCGGACGCCCCACAGGAAAGUGUGGCCAUGCUCUAUGGAAGCCGAGACGCGGGAGAUAUUCUUGGCAAGGAUCUCUUGGAUGUGUGGACCAAAGACUGUGCCGAUAAGUUCUCUGUGACCCACGUACUCUCACAUGAACCCAAUGAUUCCGACUGGAAGGGUGAACGCGGCUUUAUCAACAAGGAACUGAUCCAAAAGCAUUUGCCCUCUCCUGACGAAGAGGGUAUCAUCAUUUUUGUCUGCGGACCACCCCCGAUGUACAAUGCCCUUUGUGGACCACGAGAAGAAAAGGAGGUCGGGGGUGUUCUUGGAGAGAUGGGGUACAAGCCUGAACAGGUUUACAAGUUCUAA